AUGCUUCCGGGGGCGGCAGCUUCGGAAGCCGUUGCGGGCUCAGUUGCAUCGAAGCGACCUUCGUCCGCUAUUACGUGCACUAUACGUUCAAUGGAAGGGUUUGUGGUGUCGAAUCCGUUUCGGCGAAGAGUGAGCGGGCGCGCUGCUUGGCAAGCGGUGCGUCGGUGUGGAAGCGUCGCGCUGAGCAGCCGCGUCUACUACGUUGAACGGGGCGCGGAGGUCUGCGUACGGCUCGGCGAUGGCUGCGGAGCGUUCGGACUGCGAAACAGCGUCUCGAUCGGGGGUCGGCAGGUAGGGUCGGAGCCGUGGUCACCGAGCUCCUGGCGCCAGCGACCUGCGCACCAGCUACCCGUGUACCCGGAUAAAGACCAGCUGGCGCUCGUCGAAGCGGGUUUGCGCACACUCCCCGGUCUCGUGACACCCAAAUCGAUCAGAUCACUGCACGAGCACUUGGCCGCGGCGUGUCACGGUGAGGCGUUCGUGAUUCAGGGUGGGGACUGUGCCGAAACGUUCUCGAGCCGCACCCUCGAGUACAACAUAAGCCUCUACCAUUUGCUGGCUGCCCAGGCGGCUAUCUUAUCGAGUACUGGGAGCAAGCGGCGUAUCGUUCGAAUCGGACGCAUAGCAGGUCAGUUUGCGAAGCCUCGCUCUGCUCCUGUGGAUGCGGACGGGCUGCCGUCGUUCCGGGGCGACAUCGUGCACUCCGCAGCACCGAAUGGCAGAGCGCGAACUCCGGACCCACAGCGACUCUUGCAGGCGUACCGGCAUGCGUCCGCGUCUCUGGAACAUCUGCGUGUUCUUGAGCACCUGCAUGCGUCUCCGAUGGAAUCGCUGAGGAUUUUGAGCGAGAAACUGGCCUGGGACAGCGUCGUGGACUCGAACCUGGUGAAGGCGAUUCAAAACCUGGUGCAAGGAAUCGAUGAAGAAAUCAUAGUGAUGAGCAGCACUGGCCGCCAUGUAACAAGUAUCGACACAAACGUGAUCGAGAAUGUGUUCACGUCGCACGAAGCACUUUUACUUCCGUACGAGGAAGGCCUAGUGCGCCUUGCCGACUGGUCUCCUUCGGGCAAUGCACAUACCCUGGAGCACCUGAACCGAGACGCGGGAUCGCCUAUCGAUUUAUUAUCAGCGCCGCAGUAUUAUGCGACAAGUGCUCAUUUUCUCUGGAUAGGUGAGCGCACUCGCCAGAUUGAUGGCGCUCAUGUUGAGUUUCUUCGAGGUGUUUCCAAUCCGAUUGGCGUGAAACUGUCUGGAAACGCUACACUGGAGCAAGUAUUUGCGCUAGCCGAGAUCCUGAAUCCCGCGAACACUCCCGGACGUCUGACACUGAUCACACGCAUGGGUGUGGAUGCUCUCCAGCGAAAGCUUCCACCGCUCAUGGCAGCGGUGAAGCGCAGCGGCCUCGCAGUCGUCUGGAUGUGCGAUCCGAUGCAUGCGAAUACCCAGAGUGUUCGGGACAAGAACGGCAAUUCAUUCAAGACUCGAGACUGUGAGCAGGUUCUCGACGAGAUGCGGUUAUUCUUUGAAAUUACCGCUGCCGAAGGUGUGCCUGCUGGUGGCAUACACCUGGAAAUGAGCGGCGAAGCGGUGACCGAGUGCCUUGGUGGCGCCACCCGAACCGCAGUUCAUGACCUCGCUCGCGCGUACCAUUCAGCUUGCGAUCCGCGACUGAACUAUGCCCAGGCACUGAUGCUUACGCUGGCGUUGAAGGAUUCGCUGCAGUGGAGGGAAGCGUUGCCGAAUGCGUCGAGUGCGGUACUCUCGGCCUGA